UCAAGGGUCGCAAACAUUCACAUAACAGAAACGACGCAACACCAAGUUCCGAGCAGACCGUGCCCGGAUGCUCAUGCCGUAGCGUGUCAUGGAUGAAAUCAAAGUCACAAAGGUCGACAACGUGACACUUCACAAAAAGAACAACAGUAUCACAGGAACCCUCCAUGUCGCCACCCACCACUUGAUCUUCGCGCACUACCCACCCGCAUCUGCCGACUCGCCAGCUCCGGCCAAAGGGCGCGCAAAAGAGAUAUGGAUCACAUACCCUAUGAUCGCAUACUGUGUCUACAGACCCAUGCCCGCCAUCCUCCGACAAGACCAUGCCAUUCGUAUCCGCUGUAGAGACUUUACCUUUAUGGCCUUUCACUUUUCCGAUGAGGCACAGGCUCGCGGCGUCUACGACAGCAUCAAGGCUCUGACCUGUGGCCUCGGCUCCUUCAACAAGCUAUACGCCUUCAACUACAAAUCCCCUGAGAUCGAGAAGGCUGUCAAUGGCUGGCAAAUCUACGAUGCACGCAAGGAAUACAAGCGCAUGGGCAUCUCUCCCAAAGGCGCUGACCGAGGCUGGCGCUUGUCCAAUAUCAACAGCGACUACACUUACUCACCCACAUAUCCCGCUCUCUUGGUUGUACCGUCCUCGGUGUCCGACAACGUCCUCAAGCAUGGAAAAGAAUACCGCUCCCGCUACCGCAUCCCCGCCCUGACUUACUUGCAUCCCGUCAACAAUUGCUCCAUCACCCGAAGCUCUCAGCCGAAGUGUGGCAUGUUCCAAGACAAGAGAAAUCCUCAAGAUGAACGCUUGGUCGCAGCCAUCUUCUCUACAUCCAGACCAGUAUCUGGCGCCGGAAUGCCCCUCCUUGAUGCCGAUGGCCAACUGUUUGAUCCGGACAUGCAACAAGGCACAGGUUCUGCAGAAUCCACUCCUCCGACUAGCACAGAGAGUACUUCUUGUCAGUCUUCUGACAAGAUCUAUGGAGCUCAACAGAGAAACUUCAUCGUUGACGCCCGCCCACAAGUCAAUGCUGUCGCCAACCAGGCCUCGGGAAUGGGCUCUGAGAACAUGGAGUUCUACAAAGAUGCGACCAAGGAAUACCUUGGUAUUGCAAACAUCCAUAGCAUGAGGGAGUCGCUCAACAAAGUCUUCGAGGCAUUCGCUCAUACUGACUACACCGACAUUGGCCCGAACCAAGAUCUUCUCACAAAGAGCAAGUGGCUCGAAUACAUCUCUUUGGUCUUGCGCGGCUCAAGUCUGGUCGCUCGUCAAGUCGGCAUCAACCACUCUCAUGUUCUCAUACACUGCUCGGAUGGUUGGGAUCGUACCAGUCAAAUUAGCGCCUUGAGUCAGCUUUGCCUGGAUCCAUACUACCGCACCCUCGAGGGCUUUAUCGUACUGGUGGAGAAGGACUGGGUGUCGUUUGGCCACAUGUUCCGUCAUCGUUCGGGAUACCUAAGUAGCGACAAAUGGUUCGAGAUCGAGAAUGAGCGUGUUGGAGGUAAUCGCAAGGCUGAUAAUUCAGCCGCAUUCGGAUCAAAAAGUGGUAGUGGAAACGCUUUUGAGAAUGUCCUGUCCUCGGCUCGAGGUUUCUUCUCCAAGAAGAAUGACAGCAAGGAGUCUGUUGAUGUUAACGAUGUGGGUGAUGGCGCUCCUGCUAUUCCAGCUCCCACCUCGAAAAGCGCAAAGCACACAGUUACUAACGUCAAGGAGACGAGCCCCAUCUUCCAUCAGUUUCUAGACGCUACUUAUCAGAUGCUUCGACAACACCCAAACAGAUUCGAGUUCAACGAGCGAUUCCUCCGCCGUCUGUUCUACCACCUCUACUCAUGUCAGUAUGGCACUUUCCUCUGGGACAGCGAACGGGACAGAGUGCAAGAACAUGCCUACGACAGAACGAAGAGUGUUUGGGACUACUUCCUCUCUCGUCGAGAGAUGUGGUUGAACGAACAGUACGACCCAACCGUUGAUGACAAGGUUCCUGGCAAGGAGCGUAUCAUCCUUCCUGACACCACUAAAGUCAAGUGGUGGCAUGAGCUGUUUGGCCGUACUGAUCUCGAGAUGAAUGGAACUGCUCAUGCACCUACUGCCAGCUUGCCUAAGGAACCCAGAGAUCCAAUCGUUACUGGCAUAGAGACCUCUGAGGUCUCCAUUGGGCCUGCUGCCAAUGGCAGCAGUUUCGCUGGUCAAGGCGCAAGCGCUUUCACCAACGGUGCAGCACGUCUUACCGCUGGACUGGGCAGCUUAAGCUUGGGAAAGACGAGUUCCAGUGCGCCUGCCAGUCGAGCUCAGUCACCACAGACCAAAGAGUCUUUACCCCCACGCACUAUUGACGAGAAGAUGGUGUCGGCGGCAACCAACAAUGAGCCAGACGCAACCAAUGGUCGACUCUCGUUCUCAGCUUUCGCACGAGACAAUGCAUUCCGGGAUACUUAGAUGUGGAUUUGUUCAUAGCGCGGCGUUAUGGGGUCACGACUUGAUGACACGGUACCAUGGCAUAGGAGGAAAUUGUGGAUAAACUGGCUUUUCGUGCUCGAAAGGGUCUAACGUGGAGGAUUGAGGUAUCAAUCAUGGCAUUAUGCAACGAGCAGGACACACGGUUAAGGCCACAAAUGAAUAAUAUCGAAACACAUGCACUUUCG